AUGUCGGAAGUUAUUUUACAUCCUACGAAUUUUCCACAUAAUUAUAAUAACACGUUUAAUAUUACAACCGUGAAAAUUUUCUUACUCUCGAAUUCAUUGUUCUUAAUACAAUUACAAUUUAAAAAACAAAGCGUAGCUCAUGCUAAACCUGAAGCCGGUUAUUCGUACAGCGCACCGGCAGCCCCGAGCUCUAGCUAUGGCGCACCGGGAGGUGGAUUCGGAGGCAGCGGUUUAGGCGGUCACGGAGGAGGACAUGGCGGAUUAGGAGGAGGUUUGGGCGGAUUAGUUGGAUUAGGCGGAGGAGUUAGCGGAUUCGGAGGAAGCGGUCUCGGUGGAAGCGGUCUCGGAGGUGGAUUCGGAAGCGGAGGAUUAGGCGCUGGUGGAUUUGGUGCUGGAGGCGCUGGUGGAUUCGCUGCUGGAGGUGGUGGUGGUUUCGCUGCCGGAGGUGGUGGUGGAUUUGCUGCCGGAGGCGGUGGUGGAUUUGCUGCCGGUGGUGGUGGCGGUGCUACUGUCCAAAAACACAUCUACGUUCACGUUCCCCCACCAGAACCAGAAACUUUCAGACCAAGCAGACCAAUCCAAGUUCCAACCCCACAAAAACACUACAAAAUCAUCUUCAUCAAAGCCCCAACCCCACCAACCCCAACUGCUCCAGUUCUUCCAGCUUUCGCUCAAGAUGAACAAAAGACUCUCAUCUACGUUUUGGUUAAAAGACCAGAAGAAGCUCCAGAAAUCACCGUACCAACCCCAGCUCCAACUCAACCAAGCAAACCAGAAGUUUACUUCAUCAGAUACAAAACUCAAAAGGAAGGAGGUGGAUUCGCUGGAGGAGCUGGUGGAGCUUUCGGAGCUAGCGGCGCUGGUGGUGCCGGUGGAUUCGCUGCUGGUGGUGCUGGAGGAUUCGGUGCCGGUGGUGCCGGAGGAUUCGGAGGAGUCGGUGGAGUCGGAGGAUCUUUUGGAAGCACCGGAGGCGGUUCUUUCGGUAGCACAGGAGCCGGUGGCUUUGGAGGUGCUGGUGGUCACGGUGGUGCUGGCCACGGUGUUCACGGUGGCGGUGGCCACGGUGCCGGAAGCGGCUCUGUAUCUGGUUCCUAUGGACCACCAGGACAAAGCGGCCCAUACUAA